GUGACCUUUCCAGCGACAGCCUCCCGCCCGCAGACCUAUACAUUUUCUGCAGCCUCCUGCACGACUGGCCGGAUGACCGACUCCACGGGGUCCUGAGCCGGAUCUCCGGCAGCUGCAAACCAGGCGCUGGCCUCCUGCUGGCCGAACUGGCGCCCACGGAGGAGGAGGAGGCCAGCGGGGCGGCGCGGAGGCCCCCAGGGCUGCGGCCCCGGGGGGUGGGACGGCGCCCCCGGAGCCCCGGGCAGUACCGCCGCCUCCUGCAGCGGCUCGGCUUCCAGGACGUGCAGGCGGCGCGCGCGGGAGGCCUGCUGCACGUGGUCCUGGGGACCCGGGCCCCACCCUGAGGGUCGCCCCGCCGCGAGCUCACAGCGCGAGCCGGCCGGGGUGAUUCCCAGAGAAGAGGUGUCUCGCGGGGCAACGAUUAUUAAAGGAGGCGGAAAGCAGGCAGUCUCCGCACGCGUCUGUAGGGGGUGCCCUGGACCCAGGACGUGCGCACCCCCAACCCGGGAGCGGAAGGCUAAGCGGGCUGGGAGUGCUUGGUGGCGGAUGCUUGGUGGGGGAGCGUCGCGGGGACUCAGAGAGGGGCCUGGGGCGCCCCGGGGCUGGACGCGACCAACAGAGGGGACCCCCAGGAAAGCCAGGGGGCGCGGUCCUCCCCCCGAGGGCACCUGGUCGCAGCCGGGCUGGGCCCCCAGUGACAAGUGACGUGCAAAGCCAGCCCCGGGGGCACGGUCGCUCGGGACAACAGGUUCCCUAGAAGAAACUUUCCCUUCUAACCAGAGGGGUCUGAACACCCGCCCGCGGGGAGGGGGGGUAGCCGAGCCCCCCACCCCACCCCAAGAGCCCUUGCUGCAGUCCGCCUAAUGCAGGCGGGACUCAGGGGUCCCACACCCACGACCAGGCCCGCGAGCCAAGGACACGCCCGAGCGAGACCCCCAGCUGCAGGCUGACGGCAGCUAACGUCUGCGGAAGCGAGGCGCGCCGGCCCGUGGGGGCCUUAUCCGCCUCACUCUCCUUUUCCUGUUGGGACUCUUUGCAGUAAAAA